AUGGAAGUUCUAGGCUUUGCAGGCCAGCAAGCUGAUGCAAGCAGUGCUUUGGCAACGGCGCCGGCAAGGCCGGACCUGUCUUCCGCACCGCUCAUGCGCCACAUGCAAUCCGGAGAUCUUCCGAGCUGGAUUUGGGUCGGGGAGCUGGCAGCCAUCGUGAUCACGCUCGGCUUCGUGCUCGUUGCGGUCCACUUGCAGGUGUCCGAAUGUCUGGGCCAGCGCCGGAAGAUGGUGGAAAAGGCGCAGCGGAUGGCGUAUCCUUGGACCAACCUCCCGAUCUCGGACAUCCUCAAAGUGGGCCCAACCUUCGUCACGAACUUCCAGAGUGGGCUCAGGCAGUCCUUCACCAGCAGAGGCCUCUUGCCAGGGGAGCCGGAUGAAGUGGCCUUAGCAUCCUUCCUCAUCCCGGCGGAGGCCGCAGGGUCCAAGCAGCCGAGGGCCGUCCUCGAGCGCCACGGCGGCGUGCCGCCGGGCUGCCUGGGUGGCAAGCGCGCGCUGGCUCUCCAUCUCCAGCGCUUGAAGAGAGAGGCGCUUGCACCCAUGACCUUCCUGAGCCCAGAGGCCCUGCGGAAGUCUCUGGAGCCGCGGGUUCGCUUUGCCGGGAUUGUGCAGGGCGUGGUCUCCGAGGCCCGUGCAGAUGGGCUGUGGUUUCUGAAGCACUCCACGAUGGAUCGCAAUGAGGGCGUGACGUGCUUCAAAGGAGCCCGGGAGCUGCUCAAGGCGUGGGACAAGAUGAAGAGGAAGGAGCGGAGUCGCUACGUGGCACAGGCGGAGGUGCAGCGUCCCCUGCUGAUGGAAGGGCGGAAGAUGGUCGUCCGCGCGUACGUGAUUACGCUUCCCGGCGGGCGCUGCUUCAUGAAUCGCGAGCUGCUCCUAAAGGGUCACCCAAUGUCCUACGACCCAGCCGAUCCGGACCCGCUUCGGCACGUCAUCUCGUGCGUCAAGUACGACGGCGUCGUGUCGAUGCGCGGUACCUCGUGGACGCACUACGAGAAGGUGUGGCCGAAGCUGGCGAAGAUGAUGACGACGGUGCUGGGCCACCUGGAGGGAGCGGGGGCGGUGCCCUUUGCGCUGCGGGACGACACCAUGAUAGACCUGCUCUGCCACCGCGUGGUGCAGAAGUGUCAGGACGUCCUUGACAGGAUGCGCUGGGGCCGCCAAGCGGGAGCGCUCUUGUACAACUUCAUGGGGGCCGAUAUCAUCGUGGAUGAGGAUCUCCGUCCCUGGCUCAUUGAGCUGAACCCGGGCCCCGCCAUGGGCUUCGAUCAGCGCGACCCGCAAGCGACGCAACUCCGCGCCGAAGUGAUGGAGGACCUGUGUGAGUUGCUCCUGGACCCUCUGCUACGCAGCGUGCAGGUGGCCACGAAGAGCAAGGAGGAGCGCGCGAGGUGGAGCUCUCUUCGCAAGGUGCCCACGAGUACGUCCAAGUCGGAGCAGCCAAUCAAAUGCAUGGCAUGCCCGAACUUCGAGAGCCCCAACCGGGAGGCCUAUCGGGCGCAUUGUGCCACGCCGUGGCACCAGCACAACACAACGCAGCGGAUGAUGGGGAGGCCCACCCUCACCGAAGAGGAGUAUGCGGAGCAGUUUGCGCCGCCUCCCGAAGCCGCCGAGCCACCGGCCGAGAAAGACCCCGCGCCGGAGCAGCCUCAGGCUGGCUCGGCGGAGGCCGACCUGGUCUCUGUGUGCAUAGUCUUCCGCCACAAAGAUGAGAAAUGGAGCCACAUCUUCAAGAUUCCAAGAGGCGCCAGCGUCAUGGACCUGAAGAAGGCGAUGGUCAAGCCGACCAGCCCCGAGGAUGACGUGCUCGCCUUCAGCUUGAAGAGAGGCAUGAUCAGGCCCUCGCACUUCGACACGCUGGACAGCGACGAUACUUUUGAUUUCGCCUACAUUGGCCCCGAGGCGGAUGGGGUUCGCGCCCCCUUCAUGCUCGAGGAUGCUGAAGCGCAACGGGCGCGGCGCUGUCCGCAGCUGCCGUUGCGCCAGGUGGUCGGGGGCUGCCUCCUGUUGAUGCUCGGCCUCCUCAUGGGCAGGGCCGUGAGCGCCGAGAGCAGAGGGGCGGAAGGCGCUCCCGGCCCUCCCUACGCGCCCAGCUGGCUCCUGCAGUUGCCAACGUGUGGCUUUGCCUGCUACAAGAUGGCACUUUUCAACCCCUAA